AUCACAGUGGUUUGUUUUGAUUUGAUUGUCUUAACGUGGCCUUAACCUCAUUUCGCUUGCUUGAAUGGGUUUUUCCCGUGCCUCAACAUUGAGUAAUAAAAAUGAGCAGCCCGAAGCCCCCCAUGUAUAUUUAUCACCUGCCCUAUGAGGAACGCAGGAAAUUGUGCCAGCUGCUGGACCAAGGGAGCAAGUGGGAGCAGUUGGGUAAACACAUGAACUUUGACGACUUGACCAUUGCAGGGCUGAAAACGGAGGUUUUUCGGCGACAGUCACCCGCAAAUGAGCUGCUGACUAUGUGGGGCCAGCUGAACCACACAGUUUUAGAGCUGUUCAUUUUACUGAACCGCAUCAGCCUCUACCCAGGCAUGGCCCUUUUAAGGGCCUUUGUUGACGACAAGUACCAUGUGCUGAUCAAGGAGGACAACAUGCCGGAAAGGGCGGCUAAAUUGCAGAUCCGGGACCCCAAAGUCCCCACCGCCAACUUCAACAAGAGCGCAGCUAAGACACUAAGCAAACGACCCAAUAUUGAUCAAACCACUGACAAUAACGUGACCAAGAACGGACACUUGGUGGCCAACAACAGCAGCCCCAAUGCCCCCGUGGUCCAGAGGGAUUCCUCUAAAGUGUUAUCGGCUUGUGUGGCGUCCAGCGCUGGGGCUACUCCCCAUAUUCCCUAUCCCGAGCUGGAAAUUGCCACAGAGAACUGGAAUGCGCACCAUAUUCUUGGCCAGGGAGGAUUUGGAAUCGUGUUUAAAGGCACGUGGAAAUGGACGCAAGUGGCAAUAAAACGACUGGAAACGAAAGAGCAGAGUCGGAAGGACUUUAGCGAGCUGAUCAGGCAAUCGGUAACUGAGCUGCAUUGUCUGAACGCCUACAGACACGACAACAUUCUGCCCUUGUACGGAUACAGCAUUGGAGGCCCCCAUCCCUGCUUGAUAUACCAGUACAUGCCAGGAGGGUCUUUGGACAGUCGAAUCCGCACCAGGGACCACUCUAAAGUGCUCAGUUGGCCUACAAGGCUCAAAAUCGCCACUGGUACAGCCAGAGGUUUACAGUUCCUCCACACGACGCUCCAUGGAAACAAGCCCCUAAUCCAUGGGGACAUCAAGAGCGCCAAUAUCUUGUUGGAUCUCAUGGACCAGCCAAGGAUUGGCGACUUCGGAUUGGCGCGCGAAGGCCCUGAAAGACAUUACACUCACAUCCAAGUGACCAAAGUCCAGGGCACUUUGCCCUAUUUGCCUGAGGAGUUUCUGCGCUCGAAACAGUUUAGCACCAAAAUCGACACCUACAGCUUCGGGGUGGUGCUGUUCGAGCUGGCUACUGCGCGGUCGCCUGCUGGCGACAACAAGCGCCUGCUGAAGGACCAAGUGGUGAACCAUCCGCAGGAAAACCUCCUGCAGCUGAAGGACGCGAAAGCAGAAGGCGGCGAGUUCAUUUUUGCAGAGUUGGUUCGCAUUGGGAAAACUUGCGUGCAGAAGCGCGCCAAAGACCGCCCGGAAAUGGUCAGCGUGCUGCUGUUGUUGGACAAAGUGGCUGUCUAAGUGCCAUUUGUUUUGCUGACGAGCGAUUUUGGUGAGUCAAACCCACGCAAAGGGGAGACAGUGAUUUGCAGCUCCAAAAACCCAGUUCAAAGCUUGGGUCGGAUAAUCGAGUACUUUUCCAGUCGGGGAUAAAACGAGACUCAAACACCACUUAAAAGAUACUUUUUUAAUGUAAAUAAAAUACAAUUUGGCAAUAA